AGUUGUACGUUCGAAACCUGUCGCCUUCACUUGCGAGUUUGGCAUCAUCUAUUGUGGCCGCGGAGGAAGGAGCGCGCGGAGUUAACAUCGGUGCUGGCAAUCGCCGCGCCCGCCGAGGGGUGCCUCUGGUCCUCCGUCCCAGGUGCCCAGCGGCGAGGCGACACCCCCGCGCCCGCCGCCGUGUCCACCGAGCGCCGGGACCAGGGCGGCAGUUCUCAACGAUGGGCAAGAAGGACCUCGACGGCGACCCCUAAAACAAUACCAUGCCCCGGGAGCCCCGCUGCUGCCGCGUCAGCUUCUUCCCUUUCCACCUCCCUGACCCUGUCGGAUUCGGAUGAGCCCAUUGCCUAGAAGACACGGCCGCCAGAUUGCAGAUUGAGUUUACAUGAGAAAUUCCUAGGCUAAUCAAGGCUGGCCUGACCCACAAAAGAAGAAGGGAGUUCUGCCUGCCCGCCUGGGCUUGCUGAAACCACUAAUAAUAACUUGGCAUCACCCAUUGCCUGUGUGGAAAGUUCUCCCUGUUGAAUUUUUUUGCACAUGGAGGACAACAGCAAAGAGGGCAACACAGGUUGAUCCGACCAGAGACAGCAGGAAGAUUAUUUUACCAUUCGCCCUCAGGACGUUUCCUCCAGCUGGAGUUCUAGACUUUGACAGGACCCCGUCCAGUCAUUUUGAUUUUGCUGUUUUUUUUUUUUUUUUCUUUUCCCCAUUACGUUGUAUUUGAUUUCUGUACUUCAGAAAUGGGCCUACAGACCACAAAGUGGCCCAGCCAUGGGGCUUUUUUCCUGAAGUCUUGGCUUAUCAUUUCCCUGGGGCUCUACUCACAAGUGUCAAAACUCCUGGCCUGCCCUACCGUGUGCCGCUGCGACAGGAACUUUGUCUACUGUAACGAGCGAAGCUUGACCUCAGUGCCUCUUGGGAUCCCGGAGGGCGUAACCGUACUCUACCUCCACAACAACCAAAUUAAUAAUGCUGGAUUUCCUGCAGAACUGCACAACGUACAGUCGGUGCACACGGUCUACCUUUAUGGCAACCAACUGGAUGAAUUCCCCAUGAACCUUCCCAAGAAUGUCAGAGUUCUCCAUUUGCAGGAAAACAAUAUUCAGACCAUUUCUCGGGCUGCUCUUGCCCAGCUCUUGAAGCUCGAAGAGCUACACCUGGAUGACAACUCUAUUUCCACAGUGGGGGUGGAGGAUGGGGCCUUCCGGGAGGCCAUUAGCCUCAAGUUGUUGUUUUUGUCUAAGAACCACCUGAGCAGUGUGCCUGUUGGACUUCCUGUGGACUUGCAAGAGCUGAGAGUGGAUGAGAAUCGAAUUGCUGUCAUAUCAGACAUGGCCUUUCAGAAUCUCACGAGCUUGGAGCGUCUGAUUGUGGACGGGAACCUCCUGACCAACAAGGGCAUUGCCGAGGGCACCUUCAGCCAUCUCACCAAGCUCAAGGAAUUUUCAAUCGUACGUAAUUCACUCUCCCACCCUCCUCCUGAUCUGCCAGGUACGCAUCUGAUCAGGCUGUAUUUGCAGGACAACCAGAUAAACCACAUCCCUUUGACGGCCUUCUCGAAUCUCCGAAAGCUGGAACGGCUGGAUAUAUCCAACAACCAACUGCGAAUGCUGACUCAAGGGGUCUUUGAUAAUCUCUCCAACCUGAAGCAGCUGACCGCCCGGAAUAACCCUUGGUUUUGUGACUGCAGUAUUAAAUGGGUCACGGAAUGGCUCAAAUAUAUCCCUUCAUCUCUCAACGUGCGGGGUUUCAUGUGCCAAGGUCCUGAACAAGUGCGAGGGAUGGCUGUCAGGGAAUUGAAUAUGAAUCUUUUGUCAUGCCCCACCACAACCCCCGGCCUGCCUCUCUUCACCCCAGCCCCAAGUACAGCUUCUCUGACGACUCAGCCUCCCACUCUCUCAGUUCCCAGCCCUGGCAGAAGCUACACGCCUCCGAGUCCCACCACAUCGAAACUCCCCACGAUUCCUGACUGGGACGGCAGAGAAAGAGUGACCCCACCUAUUUCCGAACGGAUCCAACUCUCCGUGCAUUUCGUGAAUGACACUUCCAUUCAAGUGAGCUGGCUCUCCCUCUUCACCGUGACAGCGUACAAGCUCACGUGGGUGAAAAUGGGCCACAGUUUGGUAGGGGGCAUCGUUCAGGAACGCAUCGUCAGUGGUGAGAAGCAACAUCUGAGCCUGGUUAAUUUAGAGCCCAGAUCCACCUACCGGAUUUGUUUAGUGCCGCUGGAUGCUUUCAACUACCGCGCGGUGGAAGAUACCAUUUGUUCUGAGGCCACGACCCACGCCUCCUAUCUGAACAAUGGCAGCAACACAGCUUCCAGCCACGAGCAGACGACUUCCCACAGCAUGGGCUCCCCCUUUCUGUUGGCAGGCUUGAUCGGGGGCGCGGUGAUAUUCGUGCUCGUGGUCCUGCUCAGCGUCUUUUGCUGGCACAUGCACAAAAAGGGGCGCUACACCUCCCAGAAGUGGAAAUACAACCGGGGCCGGCGGAAAGACGACUAUUGCGAGGCAGGCACCAAGAAGGACAACUCCAUCCUGGAGAUGACAGAAACCAGUUUUCAGAUCGUCUCCUUAAAUAACGAUCAGCUCCUUAAAGGAGAUUUCAGACUGCAGCCCAUUUACACCCCAAACGGGGGCAUUAAUUACACAGACUGCCAUAUCCCCAACAACAUGCGAUACUGCAACAGCAGUGUACCAGACCUGGAACACUGCCACACGUGACAGCCAGAGGUCCAGCGUUAUGGAGGCGGAUGAUAGGACUCUUGAGAUCACACACGUGUGUGCACCUAGAGACACGCGAAUUACAUUUGAUAAAUGUUACACAGAUGCAUUUGUGCAUUUGAAUACUCUGUAAUUUAUACGGUGUACUAUAUAAUGGGAUUUAAAAAAAGUGCUAUCUUUUCUAUUUCAAGUUAAUUACAAACAGUUUUGUAACUCUUUGCUUUUUAAAUCUUAAAAAAAAAAAAUAGUUGCUAAAGUACUGUACAGGGUUGUACAAUGAGAACCCAACACCAAGGCGAAAGAACAAGUGAUUCUUCCUUAUAAUGCACAUUAACCACUUUGCUGUUGAAGCUGUCAGAGUAAAUUCCUGGUGGUCAGAUGAAAGGGCAGAUUAAAAUGACUCAUCACGGUAAGAUGAGUAAUAGGGGUGAAACGAGAAAUGGCCCAGAUAUUUUCCUGCUAUUUCUAUACCCCCUGGUCUGGAAGACAAGUAAAAAAUUCUGUAAGAAUGGAGGUAGUUACCCUGAUUUGACCCAGUGCAGGAAACACAGAAAGCAUCGAAAGGAAGCCAGUUCCUGUGAGAUAAGUUAACCCAAAGUGACAGAUUCAAGAAAAUUGAGAUAAGAUUUGAAAAGACCUUAAAACCCAGAGGUUGGCUUUCUGACUGGGAACUUAAAAAUCACCCUUCAUGCUUCCUUGGCCCUAUGUGGUAAUAGGGCUAGAAACUCGAGUCUGAUUUCAGUCAUCUUCAGGGACUAGUGUGAUGUCCUAGCAAGAAACUCCCUUUGAAAGUGUUACUAUUCAAAUCGUAUGUCAGGUUGAAUCACAUUCAACAGAGAUAUAUUCUAGAAUACUUUUUUAGAAGAGGCUAAUAAAAUUAAAGGGAAGAAUUAUAUUGAAUGGAAUUAUUUUUGAUAAUGAGAAUUAUUUGGGUAGAUUCACUGAGGCUAUGUCAACAUGAUAUUUAGACCAACAAGGGAUCAGUGUUUGGAAUAUACUACGAUGACUUAUUUAAAAAUCAUUGAUACUAUUUAGACAAAAACAACUGAUUGGUGGUUCUGUUCAUCUAUAUCAACUGACUUUGCUAAUAUCAUGUUGAAAUAGCUUGAAUUAAUACCUUUAUCCCCUUGCAAAUUCUUGUCUUCCAAUCAUCUCCCAUAUAUUUUCAUGGUUAGUUGUUUAUGCCACCUUUGUUUUCCCCCCUCUGCUCAGUAUUUCCCAGAAAAUUAUGGAUGCCACUCUUGGCUGCACAAAACAUCCGUAUGUACUGACACAUUUUAAAACGCAUACUAAUUUUAACUGCUAAUAAUUCUGUAAGGACACAUCAAAGCUGGCCAAAAUAAUGCAUUUUUUUAAAGCAAUACCUGGUUUCCACCUCGGACUGACUUUGAUCCUGUUCCACUUUUGAAAUUUUAUUUGUUCCUUUUCCAUUGUGGAUGUUCCUCUACUGUGGGAAUUGUAGAGGGAUAAUUAAUCUUACAUUAACAGGACAACCAAUGAAAAAUGAACAUGUCGGAGAGUGAAGGCUCCUACCCCUAAUCCUGGCAGAGCAGAGGGCAUAGGAAGAGAGGGAUGUCUGUGCUUAAUUCUAGAUAUUUCUGAAACAAUGUUCCAUGUUCAGAAAACGUGUAAUUUAAUCCAUGCCAUCCCUUAGAUAUAGAAGGGCUAUAGAUCACAUAUAUUAUCUAAAACUCCUCCCUGGAAAAUUCUUUUUAAAAUCAAAUUUAAACAUUUCAUUCUGUGCUGCCUAUUUUCUUUACCACUGGCCAUUAUUUUAGGGACCUAUGAAGUAAUUGUCACAAUCAUCUUUCUCUCCCUCCCUCUCUCUCUCUCUCUCUCUCUAAACAAACUAAAACUGUGAUGUGUCUUCUUUGUAAAAGUUUAGGUAUAAAAUGCUAUGCAACUUUUUCUUUAUAGUAAGAGCUUUAUUUUCUUUAAUAAUAUACCCCAACUUAUAUGCUUUAGUCUCCCUUGUCCCUCAGAAUAAGCAGAAAAUGUUAACUGAAACUAUAAUGUAGACACAAGAAUUGAAACUGUGCAGUCAGUAGAGCUGAACUUAGCUACGAAUUAAUUUCAAUUAAUUCUAAAGUGACUCUGGUUUCCAUUUUAGUCUAUUAGCUGGAGGGUUUUGGCUGUUGUUCUUUUAAAGCUAGGUCCACGCAGUGAAGGGAAAGAAUAGUCUGAAGGAGAUGAGUAUAGCAGUAAGCCACCUACCAUCAGGACAACAUGGGGCUUUGUGUGCUUAGCUGGACAAUUCUCUUGUCCUCUCCCCCUUGGCCGUGUAGGUAAAACUGUGUGUUCAAAUGAUGGUACUUUGACUUUUGAGGGUUUUUAUUUCUGUUAUCCAUAAAAUAAUCAUUCUCAUUUAUUUGUGUUGUAUGUUUAACCCCCAGCGGGAUUUUUGGCUGCUGAAACUUCUUUGCUUUGGGUCAGGAAGAACAAGGUUCCUAUAAUGUCUUAUGGGAUUCACAGAAUUAUCUGGGACUUAAGUGGUAUAAUGGAGACCCAGUCAUGUGAAGUGGUUCGGAUGGUCUGAAAUGGUCCCUCUGCUAGAAAACGUUCCUGAAGAGAUAGAAGCUGGUUAUAGGCUUUAUUUUGAUCUUGUGCACAACGUAACAAAGACUGCUAAAAUGAAAAUCAGUCUCCCAUUUGUUAUACCUUGGCUGUCAUCUAGACCAGGAUAGAAAGCACAUCAUAGAAACUGUGAUGUCUAGUGUGUCUUAUGAAAAUUGCUGAACAACCAUCCCUGGAGAAUUAUGCUUGGAUUGGCAUUUUUAGUCAUGGGAGUCUAUUUUGCUGAUAACAUCCACUCUGCAUCUGGGCCUCUUUUGGUGUCAUUAUUGUGUAUUUUGAGAUGAUUAGUCAAAAGUCAAGGUUGAAAGUGCAGGCCAAGACCAUGGAAAACAGCUGUGCUCACUGGCUUAUAAAGAGCUCUAUGCUGUCUGAUGAAAUGAUGUGAUUUCAGGUGGUAUCUGACUGCUUUCAGAGCUCUGUACCUGUCACUGUACAGAGGACAUUCCAAAAGGAACAGGCAUAGCCACGAUCACACACAUGCAUACUGGCAGUUGUUCCUACCCAGGGUAGCUGUUAAUACCUACCUGUUGGGGAGAUGUGUUUGAUCAAGGAGAGACCCUGGGCUUCCUUCCAACACCGUCAGGUGCUUUAGCGCCCCUUGCAUGGGACAAUCACAGACAGAUAUGAGGAAUGCGCCCCCCUGCCUAUUUUACUUGUGUAGCAAGUAGAAAACAUUCUCCCCUGUGAGAAAUAAUGUACUUUCUAAUUAUCUGGAUGUUUAUUGAAAAUAUAUUAGACGUUUUUCCUGAGGUUAAAAACAAAAAGUGUAAUGUGACCAGUCUGGUGAAAAGUAUUAAUGAAGUAGCUAAUAUUACAGCUCUGUCUCCUACUAGUGCCGAUCAUAAUGGUCUUAGUUGUCUCACACAAAUCAGAACUUCCUUCCCCACUGGGGAGGACAAGCUCUUCAUGUUGUGAGCAAAGCAUCCAUUCAAAACACAAGGCAAUCAUGUUGCAGUCUACAGGGAGCACAUGCUUCACUUGAUGGGCAGACCUCAGCUGCAGGGGCCGUUGCAGCUUUUAAACAGUGAAGUGGUUAAUUUCCAUUGGCAUCUUUGUUUCUAGCAUUUUCCUCUAACCUAUAACAAGGAGACAUAAUGUUUUACUUUAAACACAAGAAUAGCAGUUUUGCUCAUGACUUACCCUUCCAAGAUAUGUGGGAAAACAAAGCAGAAAACAGUGCCCCAAAGGGAAAAAGAUACUUACACACAAAGUACUUCUAGUUCUUGGUCUUGUCAAAUCUUGCCUGAUGCUCUUUAGAAAGUCAAAAUACUAAUGGUAAGAAGGUGUAGCUUACAGCCUUCCAUGACGUCUUAGGCAGGGUCUAAAGACAAUUGCUGGCAAUGGGGGAUGCUCCUCCAUAACUGGGGAAAAAGUUCUGUACACGUUUGAUACUGUUGUUGCAACAAAUGAGAUACUUUUGCUUAUAGUUAUUUUUUUCUUUUUCUAGCUGCACACCCACCAGAAGAGCACAAAACAAGACCAUUGCAACAGGCAUUUUUAAAUUAGUAUAAAACCUGCAAACACGUGCAUACACACACACACACACACACACACACACACACACACACACACAUACAUGGGGCGUUUGUAAAGGUGUCCGUGGGCUGUAAGAUUUAUAACCAAUUUGAGGCAACGUGAAGACAUCGCCAACCGUGUGUCCCUCAUAGGACUAGUGUAUAUUCACUGAGAGUUAAUCCCGAUGAUUUGUUAUUGUUUGAACCAUAUGUUGAUUUGCUUCUGGUUUGUGUUUAGCGUGUUCUCUCUGACAAGGGGCUGGAAGAUUCUGCACCACACAUCCUCUGAGACGUACCAUGUCGCACACUUUGUUAACUACAAACUUCAUUCUACACUAUACAGUACCUUGUUGAUAUAUUCAGUAAAGGCUUAUUUUAAAAGAAAAC